CAUCCAAGACGUGCCGUGCUCUCUGCUUGCUUGCUUUCUUUCUUUUCACUCUUUCGGCCAAAAGUCACUCCUCUCUCUCUCUCUCUCUCUCUCUCUGCUUAACCUUAGGGCAAAGUAUACACACUACACAAAAGUUUCCCUCAAUUCUUCAUCGAUCCGAUUCUCCAAUCUUCUUCAUCAUCAUUACAAUCUCUCUCCAAACUCACUCACUCACUCACUCACUCAUUCACACUCUCUCUCGAUUUUUCGAAACAGUUUGGUUUUCAGAGAGUGAAUUUCAACUCAAAUAUGGAGCUAUUGCGAGCGAACCUCUCUCGUGUCCGAAUCCCAGAGCCCACCAAUCGAAUCUAUAAACAAGAAUGCUGCAUUUCUUUCGAUACUCCGAAAUCUGAAGGUGGGUUGUUUGUUGAUAUGAACACGUUUCUUGCCUUUGGGAAGGAUUGUGUGGGUUGGAAUUUUGAGAAGACUGGAAAUCCAGUUUAUUUGCAUAUAAAGCAGACAAUAAAGCCAGUUUCUGAAGAUAGACCUUUGAAGAAACCGACCCUUUUGGCUAUAGGUAUUGAUGGUGGGUUUGACAACAAUGAUCCUGAAUAUGAAGAAACUCACAAUAUAGUCAUAUUGCCAGAUUAUGUAACUCUUCCAUUUCCUUCCGUUGAGUUGCCAGAGAAGGUAAGGUUGGCAGUUGAUGCUAUUUUAAUGGCUGAAGGGGCUGAACGGAAGGAGCAACUUGCAUCCUGGACUGCUGAUAAGAAACAAAUUAGUGUGUACGCCAUGGAUCUGCAACAGCUUGACAAUGGAGUUAUUGUUCCUCCAUCUGGGUGGAAAUGUGCUAAGUGUGACAAGACUGAAAAUCUUUGGUUAAAUUUGACUGACGGAAUAAUCCUUUGUGGUAGGAGAAAUUGGGAUGGAACUGGUGGUAACAACCAUGCCAUUGCACAUUUUAAUGAAACAGGCUACCCUCUUGCUGUAAAGCUUGGGACAGUAACUGCUGAUAUAGAUGCAGCAGAUGUUUUUUCUUACCCGGAGGAUGAAAGUGUUUUGGAUCCACUUUUAGGGCAGCAUCUGGCAUUUUUUGGUAUUGAUUUUUCAUCACUGCAGAAGACUGAAAUGACGACUGCUGAAAGGGAGCUUGACCAAAACACCAAUUUUGAUUGGAACCGAAUUCAAGAAAGUGGACAGGAAAUGGAACCACUUUUUGGACCUGGUUACACAGGACUUGUCAACUUGGGGAACAGUUGCUACCUGGCUGCAACUAUGCAAGUUGUGUUCUCUACGCAUUCCUUUUGUUCACGAUACCACAUGAACCAAAGUUUGAAGAAGGCUUUUGAGGCUGCUCCAGCUGAUCCAACUUUAGACCUGAAUAUGCAGUUAAUUAAACUGGCACAUGGACUGCUAUCUGGUAAAUAUUCUGUCCCGGCACCAGAGAAGGAUGAUACCACAAAUGCUGCAAACUCAACACCCACCGCUAAACAGGAGGGCAUACCUCCUCGUAUGUUCAAGGCAGUCAUUGCUGCUAGUCAUCCUGAAUUUUCUACUAUGAGACAACAGGAUGCUUUAGAAUUCUUUCUGCAUUUCAUUGACCAAGUCGAACGAGCCAAUGCCGGGAAGCCAGAUUUAGAUCCUUCAAAGAGUUUCAAGUUUGGUAUUGAAGAGCGACUAGCAUGUCCCUCUGGAAAAGUUGCCUACAAUAGGAGGAAUGACUAUAUUCUUUCUCUAAGCAUACCACUACAUAAAGCUAUUAACAAAGAUGAGCUGGAAGCCUUCCACAAAUCGAAGGCAGAAAGAGAUUCAGAGGGAAAGGAAGUGUCUACUGAUCAAAUUGUACGCCCAAGGGUACGUUUGGUUGAUUGUCUAAGCAGCUUUAUAGCUGAAGAAGAGGUGCAUGAUUUUUACAGCACUGAAUUGAAAGCUAAAGUAACAGCAACCAAAGCUGCUGGUCUGACUUCAUUUCCUGAUUACCUGGUGUUGCACAUGCGAAAAUUUGUGAUGGAGGCAGGCUGGGUGCCAAAAAAGCUUGAUGUGUAUAUAGAUGUUCCUGACACCAUAGAUAUUAGUCACAUGCGUAGCAAGGGUCUUCAACCUGGGGAGGAGCUGUUACCUGAGGCUGCCGCUGUGGAUGUGGCAGAACCAAAGAAGAUUUUGGCUGAUGAGGGUAUAGUAUCCCAACUUGCAUCAAUGGGGUUUAACUAUCUUCAUUGUCAAAAAGCUGCUAUCAACACCUCAAAUGCUGGGGUGGAAGAGGCAAUGAAUUGGUUACUAUCUCACAUGGAUGAUCCAGACAUCGACGCACCCAUCUCACAAGAGACUCAAAGUGCUGGGGUUGUGUCAUCAUUUGUUGAUCAAUCGAAAGUUGAUACUUUGGUUUCAUUUGGGUUUGAAGAAGAUGUAGCUCGGAAGGCACUGAAGGCAUCGGGUGGUGAUAUUGAGAAAGCAACGGAUUGGAUAUUUAACCCUAUUGCCUCUGGUCCAUCAGAUAUGGAUGUUUCAUCAAGUUCCACGACUAUUGUUGAUUCUGCACUGUCUGAUGGUGGAGGAAGUUACAGGCUUAAGGGACUAGUGAGCCACAUCGGUACCUCUACUCAGUGCGGUCACUAUGUCGCUCACAUCUACAAAGAUGGGAGGUGGGUGAUUUUCAACGAUGAGAAAGUCGGGGUUUCCAAAAACCCGCCCAAGGACAUGGGAUACUUGUAUGUUUUCGAAAGAAUCGACAGUUGAAAACAUGAGAAAUACAACAGUAGAAAGACUUAAAAAGUGAUUGAACAGUUAGAAAAAACAGCAUCAAGCAAUUUCUGGUAAUAUUUCACCCGAUUGCUGCCUGAUUUACACCGUUGGCUUCUGGCACAGCAUUAAUGGAACAUGUUGGUUUUUUUGUGGCAUGUCGAAAUUCAUUUUUCUUUAUUAAGAGGAAAAAAGAACAUUGUUGGGAAUGGAAUAAUGCUUUUGUAGGAUUAUAAUGUUCGUUAUCAGAGAAUAUGUGUAAUCUGUGCUCCUCACUUCUGACUACUUCCCGAGGUGGAAGGUACAGAUGAUGGUCAGUCAUGAAAGAGGAGAAAAAGGAUUAACAAGAAUAGUUUGUAUUCUGAGGUCAAAUUUCUAUGAACUUAAAUUUUUUUUUUAACUUUUA